CAGAAUAAACUCUGUGAUUUUUAGAAUUCACUAUGAUUUAGUUUGCUUUCUCAUGUUUGCCAUAGCUCCUCUUGCAAGCUGUUUUUUUCUAAUGAUCCGGUGAAGAUCAUAAAGGCAAAAGGCCAGUAUAUGUAUGAUGAGAAUGGAAGACGGUACCUUGACUGCAUAAACAACGUUGCUCACGUUGGACAUUGUCACCCCGAUAUAGUAAAAGCGGCCCAUGAACAAAAUCAACUGUUAAAUACAAAUUCUCGUUAUCUUCAUGACAACUUGGUUGAUUAUGCAGACAGACUUUCAAAAACGCUACCUGAGAAGUUAUGCAUCUUUUACUUUUUGAACUCUGGAUCUGAAGCUAACGAUCUUGCCCUACGAUUGGCACGCCAGUAUACAAAAUGUGAAGAUGUUAUAGUUUUAGACCAUGCCUACCAUGGACAUCUGACAUCGUUGAUUGACAUAAGCCCAUAUAAAUUCAGAAAUCUAGAAGGACAAAAGGAAUGGGUCCACGUGGCUCCUGUUCCAGACACAUACAGAGGACUUUACAGAGAAGACCACGAAGAUUCAGUAACAGCCUAUGCUAACGAAGUGAAAAUUAUUAUUGAGCAAGCACAGGAGAAAGGCAGAAAGAUUGCUGCUUUUUUUGUUGAAUCUCUGCCAAGUGUGGGUGGUCAAAUCAUUCCACCACCAGGCUAUUUUCAGAAGGUUGCAGAGCACGUGCACAAGGCAGGAGGUGUAUUUAUUGCUGAUGAAAUUCAAGUUGGCUUUGGCAGGGUUGGCAGGCACUUUUGGGCAUUCCAGCUUCAAGGAGAAGAUUUUAUACCUGAUAUUGUCACUAUGGGGAAACCAAUAGGAAAUGGGCACCCUAUUGCCUGUGUAGCAACAACAAAAGAAAUUGCAGAAGCAUUUGCAGCCACAGGAGUAGAGUAUUUUAAUACAUUUGGAGGAAACCCUGUUUCAUGCGCAAUUGGAUUAGCUGUGUUAGAUGUGAUUGAGAAGGAACACCUUCAGGCUCAUGCCAUGGAAGUAGGCAACUUCUUGAUGAAGCUACUCAAAGAGCAGAAAACCAAACAUCCCAUCAUUGGUGAUGUCAGGGGUUCUGGCUUAUUCAUUGGAGUGGACUUAAUCAAGGAUCAAGCAGAAAGGACCCCAGCCACAGAAGAAGCAGAGUAUCUAAUAACAAGACUUAAGGAAGAAUAUAUUCUACUGAGUACAGAUGGGCCAGGAAGAAAUGUGCUUAAGUUCAAGCCCCCAAUGUGCUUCAAUAUGGAGGAUGCAAAAUUUGUUGUGGACACAAUCGACAAAGUACUAACAGAGAUGGAAAAAGAAUGUCUGAACCAACAGAAAACAUCCACUUGUUCUACCUGAGCAGGUUUCAAACAAUGUUCAAGAUCUACUACUAAGAAACAUUAUUCUACUAUAAUAAUGCACAUUUAAUCUUCAUCCUAGCAUGUAUUAAACCAGAUAAUUUACCUUUGAUUUUGUUAUUUUCAGUUAUCAUUACUAGUAAAAAGCUUUAGGAGAAAUAAAUUUUACAAGAGCUUGUUUCAA